AUGGAAACGACUUUACGAUUGACUGCAAAUGACAUGGAUACUGCACAGCGCAAGCAAAAACCAGGGCAUGGAAAAGUAUUUCCGUUUCGUGAAUUAAUUGGAUCGUUAAUGUACCUGGCUACGUGCACAGGCUCGAUUAGGCUUAUGUUGUUGGACAGCUUAGCAGAUACGUACAACAACCAACCCAACAGCACAUCGGGGGUGCCAUAUCGUGGGCAUCACGACGUCGAAGUAUUGUGGCACAAUCAACUGCUGAAGCAGAGUAUGUUGCAGCAUGUGAAGCAUGCAUGGCAAGGACAAGCGUUUGUCAUGUCAACCAAUCCAACCUAUAGUCGCCGUACUCGACACAUUGUACUGCGUUGGCACUAUGUUUGGGACCAGGUGGCAAAAAGGACCGUGGAACUGUGGAAAAUCAAGACCAAGAUUAAUCCAUCAGAUUUGAUGACGAAACCACUUGCCAGUGGUCGUUUGAAAAAGUUAAAGGGCAUGAUCGGCAUGACCAAGAACCAUGUUCCGAAGGGACUGCCUUCGGAGGAGGGCGUGUUGGAGUAG